UUGGCAAUUGGAUUGCUUAGAAUUUCAUCCCAAAGCUGAGAUCACUGCUUUCGUCGGAUGGUUCUACUCGUCAAAGAAGGCUGCUUCGUGUGUGUGGACAAUACUGAAGUGAAGGACCACUGAAAAUAAGCGAAUCGCCCCACAUUCUCUAUAAAUUUGUUGCUCUGCUAACACCUCUCGACACUCAGAAAGCAAGUCUCUGCCUGAAUUCCAAGGAAGGCAAAUAUGGGUGAGAUUCAAAUUCCGAGGGUGAAACUGGGAAAUCAAGGACUAGAGGUCUCAAAGCUGGGAUUUGGUUGUAUGGGACUGUCUGGAGUCUACAACAAUCCUGUCCCUGACGAUAUCGGCAUUGCAAUUAUCAAGCAUGCAUUCAGUAAAGGAAUCACGUUCUUUGAUACAGCAGAUGUUUAUGGACCCUUUACUAAUGAAGUCUUGAUCGGGGAGGUGUUAAAGGAGUUGCCUAGAGAAAGGAUCCAGUUGGCCACCAAAUUUGGUAUUGCUGGUUUUGACCCUGCCACUGGCAUGACAGUGAAUGGUACACCUAAGUAUGUCCGCUCCUGUUGUGAAGCUAGCCUGAAACGUCUUGAUGUGGAAUACAUUGAUCUCUAUUAUCAACACCGGGUUGACAAGUCAGUACCAAUAGAGGAAACUAUGGAGGAGCUUAAGAAGUUGGUUGCAGAAGGGAAAAUUAAGUACAUUGGGUUAUCUGAACCUAGCCCAGACACAAUAAGGAGGGCUCAUGCAGUUCAUCCCAUUACUGCCUUACAAAUGGAGUGGUCCCUCUGGACCCGCGAUAUUGAGGAAGAAAUAGUCCCUCUUUGCAGAGAACUUGGAAUUGGGAUAGUUCCAUACAGUCCUCUUGGACGUGGGUUUUUUGGCGGCAAGGUUGUUGGUGAAAAUGCGCCUGCAAACAGUUUCCUGAGAGUAAAUCCUAGGUUUCAAGGUGAGAACUUUGAAAAGAACAAGAACAUAUACACUAAAAUGGAGAUGUUGGCUGAAAAGCACAGAUGCACCCCUGCACAGCUUGCACUAGCUUGGGUUCUUCAUCAAGGGGAUGAUGUGGCACCUAUCCCUGGGACCACUAAGAUUAAAAAUCUUGAUGAUAAUAUCAGUUCUUUGAGAUUGAAUCUCACAAAGGAAGAUUUAGAAGAGAUAUCUGAUGCAGCACCACUGACUGAGGUGGCAGGAGCUAGAGCACCUGACCUUUUCAUUAGCAGCUCAUGGCAGUUUGCAGAUACACCAGCAAGGGUAUGAAGAAAACGAAUUGAGAUAUCUGGGUGUGCAAUCUGAUUCUGAAACCAUCAUAAUUUCAUCAUCGGCUAAAUGAAAGAGUAUGGAAACAUGAAAUAAAGAUAUCUGUGGUUGAAGCAGAUGUCCACAUAUUCUAGACCCAUAUGUACUUAAGCCAGUUGAAGCAGAGAUAUAGUUUCUGUUUGUUUACAUCAUGAGAUAUUGGAAAUGUAGGAAUGGACAAUGCCGUAGGAUGUGUGUUUUAGUAUGAUUAUGAUGUAACUGAAAGAUUGCAUAACAUGCUAUGGAUGAGAUGUGGAGACUUCCAUUUCGUUUCCUCCAUUUACUUUUUCAA